AUGUUCAUCCGCACCUUCAUCGUCACGCUGCUGGCAGCGCUGGUGGCCACGGCGCAGGCUGGGGGCGGCGGGUACAAGAAGAAGUCGAUGCCCUACCUCUCGACGGUGGCCAAUGUCAAGACCAACGGCUACAGCGACCACGGAACUAUCACUGACCUCUCGGUGACCAACUCGUACGUCAAGGACAUGACGGCGGGGACGACCCAGGGCAACUCCGUCUACGGCUCGCACGUCAGCGCCGGCACCAAGGGCGAGUCUGGCGUGACUGUCGGCAAGAAGGGCGCCGGCCUGAUCGCGAAGGGGUCGUCGUGGUUCGGCGGGCGCGACGGCGACGGCGUGGCGUACGGGACGGGCUACACGGACUACAAGGGCAAGGCCGGGUCCGACUACCUCUUCGAGAAGACCGUCGACGGCUACGGCAAGAAGACGGACUUCGCCGGGUCCGGCAAGGGGCUGUCGACGACGGCGUACAGGAAGCCGCCGAAGUGGGUGCGCCCGAAGCUGCCCCCCGGCGUCAAGAGGCAGCCGCCGAAGAAGUACGGCAAGAAGGGCGGCAACUCCUGA